AUGCAACAAGGAGCGGUGGGCUGUAACCCACCUACAACACCGGAAGUGACUCCUGCCGGGACAUUGCGCAACUGCAAAAAAUCAGAACCACACCUGAGCUGUGGUGAUUCGUCUCAACCAACGAUUCCAAAAACAUACAAGGAGUGCGUGAAUGACGAAUCUGGAUUGUUCCCAGCUGAGAAUGAAAGACUGGCUACAUUUCAGAUUGGUGAACAAUGUUUAACAGGAAUCAUCUUCCAGAAAACAAGCACAUCUGAACGAAGUCAAACUCGGCAAAAGUCGGCAACAUUUCCAAAAGAAAACAAAGAGAGAGCUCCCGUUGAUGGCAGAAUCCAAACAUUCUCCAGACCCAAGUCUCACGAUUGUACGUUGCCAGGCGUUGUUAGAUCUGUUUCGCCAUCAGAAGCAAAUAAACCAACAGAUACCAUUAAUACCAUGGAAACGCUAUGGAAUUCAUCCUACGGCCAGAAUACUUCGUUCUGGCUUCCUGACGUCAGGGCAACGUCCAAAAAGAGUAUCGGGUUCUCUGAAUGCGGACACACAGCAAAGCAAAAAUUCAUGGCGCCCCUAGCUGAUAUGGACCACACUUGCUCAGCUGUGUGUGCGGAUGAUCCCGCGUGCGAUACAUGUCACAAAAUGGUGGACACUAUAGUUUCAGAAAUGCCUUUUUCUAACGAAAAAAAUACCGUCUCCUCCACAAUCAGCACGGUCCAUCAUGCAUCUCAUGUCUUGCCUACAGCCUUUAUAGCAUCGCAACCGGAAGCUGGCACAAGCAUGCGAUUCCCAUGUUACAAUAAACUACCAAAUUAUUCUGUGGGUUCUGCGCUAUUUAUGGCAUUUAGAAAUAGCAUAUCUCCGAUUCUGUAUAACACGGAAGAUAUAAGUGUUUUAAAAAUCCUAGCCAAUGGAGAUGUAAAGGGAGCCACCGAUCUCAGAACAUUUACUCAAGAAAGAAACGGAUAUAGCAUCCCCCUCCAUAUCCCAACACGCCGCCCAACGGUCACUGGGCUGUCAUCCACCUUACCAACAUCUACCGCAGUCGUUAUAGGCAAACCUGCCUUACAAUAUUUAGAAAAUAACGACAAGGAAUCCAACAGAACCCAAAUGACAACAGAUCAAGAAAACCAGGUAAAAAUUUCGCUACAACACGGAAAAUCGAUCACUAAUCCCAGAAAAGAUUUGAAUCAGACUCAUUCCGGAUUACCUCCCGUGCAUAUUCCAUCCACCACGCCAAUACUAACAGAAUCCAUGGAAACGUGUUCACAAACAGAACAUGCAUUGAUGGCCUUAACGUAUGAACAGCGAAAAGAGUCGGCGUUGCGGUCGCUCAUUUUGACUACCAUUGUUCCAGUGUUAGGCAAAGAAGCCGACGAUUUGGUACAUACCGAGAUAUUAAAUGCGAACCGGGACACACAGAAACACGGCAAUGAAUCGGUCGUCACCGAACAGCCCAACAAAUGUCCAUAUGUCGCAGCAUCUCUCCCAGGAACUGCAAUUAAGUCGAAUCGCGGAGAAAUUUUGCAAACCACGGAAACAGGAAAUACUAUAGUUAGGAAACCAGUCGUUGGUUCUCUGAUGUCGCUUGCAAACAGACAACACGAAAGCAGCACGCGCACGGCGCUAUCCUCAUUACUCGUGAAAACCACAGCUGUAGUUCUAGGGGAGGAGGUGGCGGAAACGUGUGUUGAGCUGACGGAAAUAGAACUAUCAGAUGAUGUCCCUGACAAAACGGCUAAGGUCAACAACAGGUCUAUUCUGGAUAUUUUAUUUUGUAGACGGAGAAAAUAA